UCAGAGAAGUUGCCAAAGUUUGUUUCGUUUAAUAUUCUACUAAAAAUCGCAAUUUGGUGUAUUUUGCAACAAAAGUAAUAUCUAGGGAGGUAUGUCCCGAGUACCUGAAUCUUUCCCGAGCGGAACCCUCCUUCCGGAGUUACAAAAUCAGGCAAAACUCGGUCAUUAUGGGCACUCUUCAUACAAGCCAGCUAACCAUUCAUGGACACAAGCAAACGGUUUAGGGCUGAAAACUGGAUCCAAUACUACAGCAUUGACACAAAGUCAAAAGUAUCCAAGGCAAGAUUGGUCUAUGCCUAUGAUAUCUUCAACUCCCACUGUUUCUCAUCCUAAACAAGGAAAUGACACAAAAAAUGGGGCCAAUAGUACUGAGGCAUGGAAGCGUAAUAAUACUAACCUAUUACAGAAUCAAAAUCGGUCUACAGCACACCCAACGCUUACAACACCUCAUCAUAUACAGGCAAAUGUUUCUUCAACAUCAGUACCAAGUUCUACUAAAUCUACCAAUCAAUCAAUCACAGAACGUGAAGUAAAAUGUAUAUCAAAUAGUACUACAAAUAACUACACUAAGACAAAAAGUAAUAAAAUACCAUUUGCAAUGUUCCCUGCAAAGAUACAGACCAAUGGACUACUAUCACAGAAUGCAAAAAGAAAAUUCAACAAGCUUGUAACUCAUGGCGUCUCCAAAACGAAAGCCAAAAAAUUAUGUUCACUGUCUUGGCCUGAAAUAGUAAAACAAUAUCCCUCAAUGAUUGACUUGGUCCCCCCCAAAAAGAAGAAAAAUUUAGCACUGUACCUUUUGCCUAAGCCAAUAGUUACUACCAAUAGUCAGGGAUCUGCAACCACAAAUACCAGUGGACAGCAGAAUCUUAACCCCCAAAGUACACUGUUACGCGUCGGAAUUCAAAACAAGGAACACAUGAAACCAGACCAAAUGAAACUGGUACACCGUCAUCUUCUCUUAGCUAUAACUAAGCAGUUCACGAACGGUGGCGGGCCAGAGUUCCUCAGCUUUACACAUAAGGAAGGCUGGAUCCAAGUUACUUGUGUUGACCAGCGCAGUAAAAAUUGGCUUGAGGGAGAAGUGAAAUAUGUAGAGCCUUGGCCCGGAGCACAACUUUCUAUCGUACCAGAAGAGCAAUUACCUAAUCCACCUCGGGUUGUCGCUAGGAUCCCAGAAUCAGAAGCAUCCUCAGUCCAAGAGGCUUUAGAUCUCCUCAAAGCACAGAACAAAGGUCUCAACACUGGCCACUGGCAGGUGCUUCACGAGAGAGUAGAUAAGGAUAAAAGCAGGAUAGUAACCUUCCUAAUUGAUGAUAAGUCACUUGACAUCCUGAAUGCCCAGAAUCUUGAAGCCGCUCUUGGCUUUAAGAUGGUAACUUUUAGAGUCAAGGCAGGCGGAUCACAUCUUCUACCAGCCACAAGUGGUGUAGUAGACCUAUCUGUAGCAGAUCAAGAUGGAUUGACCCUGAAUAAUGGAACAUACAAUCAGGGUGAAACAUCUGGUGGCAAUAGAUCAGGAGCAACUUCUCAAGAAGAUAGUCCAGAUGCAGAAUUGAGUGAUAUGUCUGUAAGCCCUGAUGAUGAUGAAGAGGGUGGAUAUAGCUCUUGGAUUAUCCAAGAACCUGAAAGCUUUCAAGCAGGCAUUCCACCUGGUCUAAACUUUAUAAAUUCAGAACCUCAAUCUACCGUUACUUAUGCAGAAAAAUUAAUCCAAGACGCUAGUGUAAAUAUAGGAGCUGAUCGAGACAAUCCUCAGAUGCCAGGAGUCGCUAAAGAGUUACAUAAAAGUUACACAGUGAGUGUUAAUAGAAGUAGAACAGAUAGAGAAAGAGAUAGACAUGAACCGUAUAGAUUAUCGUCUGAUAGAAGCUACAGCAAGCACCAAAGGUAUCAUGGAGAGAGUAGAGUCUUUAGUGGCUGGAGAAAUACCUAGAGAAUAUCCAAGAUGGAGAAAUGAGUAUUAGGACAAACGAGUAAUUGGUCUUGAAUAUCUGCUGUGGUGGCAGACAUAUUUCUUCUCUUGGAGAGCUUCAGAAAUCCUAAAGAUUGUGCAUCUUCAAUAUACGCUCUGCUAUUUAACAAGUAUAUUUACACAAGUUGCUAAUUUAGUGAGGAUUUAAAUCCGGAGUUCUGGACAAUUCCUGAUACUGUGUAUCAGAAGGAGACUACAGUGGAAAUCACUAAAGUUAUGAAAUUACCCUUAUACCGAUUCCGUAUGAUUUUAAAGUCGGAUCGCUGCAUUUCAACCUGCCAGGGGUAAAUUCAUAACUUUAAAAUAUGACGUU